CCCCGCCACAACAAACCACAGCCAUGGCCGAGACUGCCGCACAAGGCAACAUCCCCACCUUCAAGCUUGUGCUUGUCGGUGAUGGCGGUACCGGAAAGACGACCUUUGUCAAGCGCCAUUUGACGGGCGAAUUCGAGAAGAAGUACAUCGCGACGCUCGGAGUCGAGGUCCACCCGCUCGGCUUCACCACCAACCUCGGACCCAUCCAGUUCGACGUCUGGGACACGGCAGGUCAGGAGAAGUUCGGUGGUCUACGUGAUGGAUACUAUAUCAACGGCCAGUGCGGUAUCAUCAUGUUUGACGUCACCUCGCGUAUCACAUACAAGAACGUUCCCAACUGGCACCGUGACUUGGUCCGCGUCUGUGAGAACAUCCCAAUCGUCCUCACUGGCAACAAGGUCGACGUCAAGGAGCGCAAGGUCAAGGCAAAGUCCAUCACCUUCCACCGAAAGAAGAACCUUCAGUACUACGACAUCUCCGCCAAGUCCAACUACAACUUUGAGAAGCCUUUCCUCUGGCUCGCCCGGAAACUUGUCGGCAACCAGACUUUGGAAUUCGUCGCUGCCCCCGCCCUUGCGCCUCCCGAGGUCCAGGUCGACCAGGCCGUGCUCGAGCAGUACCAGAAGGAGAUGCAGGAUGCCGCUCAGAUGCCCCUGCCCGAUGAGGAUGACGCCGAUUUGUAGAUAUGGCCAUAAGAUCGCCUACAAGGGCGCUGUAACGGGGACACGACACAGUUGCGGAAUUUAGCGGUCUGGGACAGCAGGACAAGCUGAAUUGGGAGAUUCAGACAUUCUUAGCGAAAACGGGACAAAGGGAGCAACGAUGGGCG